AUGGACUGUGAAAUGCAGAUUUAUAAUUCAUUGGGUUGUCCAUGGUUUCUUCGUGGUCGGAAGGUUGGAGGUAGCCUUUGGAAGAUAGAAAAGUAUUUUAAUAAUCAUAGAUGUGAGACUGAAGGGCUUACAACAGGUCACACUAACUUAGAUACCAAUUUAAUUGCAUCUUUGUUUUUAAAUCAAAUACGUAAAAAUCCAAAAUUGUUGGUAGUGGAUGUCAUUUGUAAGGUUCAUGAAAAAUUUGGUCAUCAAGUAACAUAUAAAAAAGUGUGGCUUGGACGUCAACGCGCAUUUACAUUGGUAUAUGGUGAUUUUCAAAAAUCAUUUAGUGAGCUUCCUAAGUUUUUUGCAACUUUUCAAUACUUUAAUCCUGGAACAGUUGUGGAAUGGAAACACGAAGAGUCAAUGAGUUCACCAGAGGUAAAAACUUUCAAGUUUGUAUUUUGGGCUAUCAAGUCAUGCAUUGAUGGAUUCCAAACUUGUCGUCCUGUUAUUUCAGUAGAUGGAACUCAUAUGUAUGGUAAAUAUGAGAUAAAAUUGUUAAUUGUUGUUGGAGUUGACGGAAAUGAUAACAUUCUUCCUCUUGCGUUUGGUAUUGUUGACAAGGAGUCGAAAGAGACAUGGAAAUGA